GCCUCCGCCGCCGCUGCGGCGGCGGCAGUCGGCGCCUCCGCCACGCCGCCUCCGCCGCCGUCACCUCCGCCGCCAGAGUCGCGGAGCUCCUGCUCCUUGUCGGCUCCGCUGGCGCAUCUGGGGUUGGGGUUGGAGGUGUUUGUGUUGGCCUGCACCUGGCACCGCGACCCGGCGUUGCGGGAGGUGGUGGUGGGGAUGUUGCCGGGGGUGAUGAGGCUGCAGGAGCUGGCAGGUCCCCAGCUCCAGAAGUUCGCUCCCGGCUUCCAGGCCGCACUGCUGCUGGCCCGGUGCCUCAGCCUCAACACCCACACACCCACACCCGCCCCUCCUGCCGCCCCUGCUUCUGCCGUACCCUCCACUUCAACCAUGGUGCCUGGUAGCGGCAGCAGCGGUGCUGCCAGCGGCGGCCUCGCUGCUCCGCCCCCCUCCCACCCUCACCUCCAAACCUACCCCCACCCCCACCACCACCCGCUGGUGUCCGCUGCCCUGGGUGCUGUGUGUACGGCAGCCGAGGUGGCGGUUCCCUGGAGUGCCCGAGCUGCGGCGCUGUCGUACGCACAGACGCUGUGGUUCCGGCAUGCGCCGCUGCUUAGUGAGGAGCAGCUGAGGAGGCUGCAGGACGUGGUGGUGUCCCGUCUCUCCGACCCAAGGUCCCAGGUUCGAUCCCUGGCCGCAGCAACCCUGUCAGGGCUGCUGCGAGGAGCCGCACCCGGUGACGUACAGGCGCUUCGGAGCCGCCUGCUGAUACAAGCCGCGGAGCUGUUUGGAGGCGGCGGAGGUGGUGGCCGUCGCCGUCGGGGUGCAGCAUCAGCUACCGCAUCCGCCGGGGCAGCAGGAGCACCAGCAGCAGGGGCGGCUGCGCCGUUGCUGCCCCCUCGAGCCGCGCCGCCCUCCUCCCUUUCCUCCUCCUCCUCCCCUCAGCAGCAGCUCCAGCUAGCCAAGCUGGGCUGUGUGGCGGGGCUGUCCGCGCUGCUUAUGUCAUGUCCGUACGACGUGCCGGGUUGGCUGCCACCCGUCCUCAUGGCCCUGGUCCGAGCUGCGACUGCUACUGCUGGUGGCGGUGGCAGGGGAGGAGGAGGAGGAGGAGGUGGGGGAGAUGCGGGGGUGGUUCGUGCCGAGGCGGGCAGGGUGCUUGGGGAGUUCAGGAGGACGCAUGAGGCGGAGGCGCUGGAGAAGCUGAAGGGGGCGAUGCAGGCGGAUGACUGGGACAGCUUCACGCAGGCUACUGGUACAGCGUCGUACUUUGUGUAGGCGAGGUACGGCAGGAGUGUCUUUGCCGUACUAGGCAUACUGUACGACAAGAGGUUUGACGUGAGGGAGGGUGUCGUACGUUUUGUUAUACAGGGUGUAUGAAGUAGAAGAGGAAUAUGAGGCGGAGGGGCAGAGGAUGAGUGGAAGGUAUGCUUCUUUAAAGACACAGGUCGUGUGGGGAUUGGUGGGAUGGAUGGCAGGGUGGACUGUGUGUGGUAAGAAAACUGGCCGCGAGUUGGAACGUACUGUGUGUGUGUGUGCGUGUGUGUUGGAAGGGAGCAGGGCAACACCCGCAAAAAGGAUUAGGGCAUUGGGACGGGAUCUGGGUUUGCCUGCCAGCUGUGCACUGUUGCUGUUUACUUGUUGGGUUGGUGGUCUGUUGCAGUAAGUGUCGUACAUGUCGUACAUUGGCGUUUAGGCGCUAUGCUGUACGGCUUUGAAAUGUUGCUGGGUGGGGGUUUGGAUAAGGCCAGGAGUUCACGACAUGGUUAUUUGUGAGACGAAGAAGUUGUGUUGCAGGAUCCGCGAGGAUGCAUGGUUGCAAGCGUACCACUUGACUGCUGCAUUAGUCCCCAUGAUUCAUGAUGAGUUAAGCGCCGGGGUGGCCCGCGCACGUUUCUUGAUCGGCGUUGUAUGCCUACUACACCGUGCUUGAGGUUGCAAGGGCAGCAAAGGGUGUACGCCCUUUGCCCAUGUAAGAGGAUGGGGAGACAUACGGAAACCGCGAAUCAUCGAAGCGUGCAGUAUUGGCAAACGCUGCUACCCAUCGAAACGCCUUUCGCAGCUAAUGGGUUUCUGCGGGUUACCUAGCGGCUCGCCCAUUUGAAAAUUUGGGCGCGCACACAAAAUAGCAUCGGUGAAUUCCGAGGUUCUUUGAUGUCAUGUAGUAUAUGUUACUGUCAGUUGCUUGGUCCUUAGGUAGAGAGGCGCCGGAAUGACGCCUACUCCUUCGCAUGUCAACAUCAAGUGUACAUGUCAUGAUGGCGACCGAGGACUCAGGCUGCCUCCCAAACCAAAUCCCU